AUGGGAAGUGAACGAAUGGCUCAAUAUCUGUUGAAUCAUAAAGAUGUUGUUUUGAAUUCGGUGAAUCUCGAUGAAUACUUGGACGCGAUGACUUCAACAUGGUAUUCAGAAUUACGUCUCAAACAGGCACGACGCUUUCCUCUCAUCUUCUUGUUUCUUGAGGAUCUCCAGAGUCAAUGCGGACCGUUGACUGAACGGCAGCAGGCUCUAUUCGAGAGAUACCUGAACCGAACGCGAAGUAAUGUCGAAUGGUGGGACAAAUAUUAUCCUGAUCUGUCAAGAGUUUUUUAUGAUGCCUUCGUGAUCGGACCGUUCGAUAUGGAGAACUGGAACACGCGAGUACCGCGAAACUUCAAACCCUUCUCUUAUAAUGUCAAAAUACGACCGAAUUUCCCGGGAUCUGCUGCCUAUCCGUGGUAUAAAAAUAUGACAUUUGAUGGUGAAGUAGAGAUGCAUUUCACAGUGCUGAACAACGUCAAUGAAAUCCAAUUGAACUCACACAGAAUGGUCGUAGAAAAAUGGAAUAUGAAGCUUACCGAACAAUCAACCAAGAGAUCCUAUGAAAUUGAUGAUGUCGUCAAGGAUUUAGAAUACGGGAAUAUCUAUAUGAAUGCGCAUAAUCUCAUUCCAGCAUUCCUUACACUCAAAACUCAAGCACCGCUGACCGCUGGAAGUAAUUGGACGCUUUGGAUUAAGUACACUGGAUUUGUGUGGGGCGUACCAAGUAAGGGUGUGUACACAAAUACCAACUACUUUGAAUUCAAUAACAAAAAAGCAUGGAUAUUUUCGACAUACUUCGAGUCUGGUCCAAGUGCACGUUCAUUGGUGCCGUGUUUUGAUGAGCCUGACUAUAAGGCUCGAUGGCAAAUGACACUCGAACAUCCCGCUGAUAUGAUAGCGCUCGGAAACAUGCCCGAUCAAGGAUUCACUAUUCAAGCAGAUGGUAACUAA